AUGGAGGACAAGUCGAACAAUUUUACGAAUAUCGAGACGGUGCGCGUUAAAGUCCCGCCAUUUUGGCCGGACGAGCCGGCUUUGUGGUUUGCCCAGUUAGAAGGACAAUUUUCGUUGGCAAACGUGAGUGCGGACUCCACGAAGUAUAAUUAUGUGGUUUCAAGUUUAGAAUUUAAGUACAUUACGGAAAUCAAAGACAUUGUAAAAAAUCCUCCGAAGGAAAACAAAUACGAAAAAGUAAAAGCAGAAUUGAUAUCGCGCCUGUCAUCCUCACAAGAGCAGCGCGUGCGGCAGCUCUUAACACACGAAGACAUCGGGGACCGCAAGCCGUCGCAAUUUCUGCGGCACCUCCAGGGGCUUGCGGGGCCGAACGUGCCGGACGAUUUUGUGCGGUCAUUGUGGGCCGGCCGCCUACCUACGCAUAUUCAAGUCAUCAUCGCAUCGCAACCUAAAAGUAGCUUAGACGAGCUGGCUACUUUGGCGGACACGAUAACAGAUGUUAUCGGUACAUCGCAGAUACAUCAGCUGGCCGCGCCGCCCGCGCCGCCCGCGCCGGCCCCGGCGGCCGCGCCGGCGAGCUCCGAGAUUAAGGACCUUAAACGGGCGAUUACCGAAUUGACGCGGCAGGUGGCCGCGCUAGCUUCAUCGCCACGUACCCGUUCUCGAUCGAAGUCGGGCGACACGCGAUGGCGCCGACGCUCCCGGAGCCAGUCCCACGAUGACGCAGCGUCGGAGGCCUUCUGCUGGUACCAUCGAAAGUUUCGCGAGAAUGCGACUAAGUGCCGGGCGCCGUGUACGUACACGGCGGAAAACGACAAGGGCAGUCAUUGA